AUGGGCCAAACACCGUCCUCCGACGCGGGCGGCCAAGGCCAAGGCCGGACCGCCGCCGUCACAGAACCGACAAAAACCUGCUACUACACGCUCCUAUCCAUCGAGCGCUCCGCGACACCAGAAGAGAUCAAGAAAGCCUACCGCAAAAAAGCGCUCGAGCUCCACCCCGACCGGAACUACCAAGACGUUGAGCGCACCACCGCCCUGUUCGCCGAGGCACAGGCUGCCUACGAGGUUCUCUCUGAUCCGCAGGAACGGGCAUGGUACGAUUCCCACCGGGACGCCAUCUUGCGCGGCCACCAGCCUGGAGAUCCUGGGGAAGGAUCGAAGCCCGUGGAUGUAACCACAUCUUCAGACAUUCUGGACUGGUUCGGCCAUUUCAGUAUAAACACCUCGUUCGACGAGAGUGACCCGCAAGGAUUUUAUCAGCUUUUGAGAAAGAGUUUCCGACAGCUUGCGGAUGAAGAGGUGAAAGCGGCGGAGUGGGAGGGUGAAGAUCCGGUUUAUUAUCCCAGCUUUGGAGGCGAGCGGGAUACGUAUGAGUCGGGGACAAUUAAGGAUUUCUACCUUGCGUGGACGAAUUUUGCGACAAGAAAAAGUUUUUCGUGGUGCGAUGUUUAUCGGUAUACCGACGCUCCAGACCGGAGGGUCAAGAGGGCCAUGGAGAAGGAGAAUAUGAAGGCCAGGGAAAUGGCGAGAAGGGAAUUUAAUGAUACGGUUGCAUCGUUUGUUAAGUUUGUGAGGAAGAGAGAUCCGAGGUAUACGCCGAACUCGAUGACCGAGAAAGAGCGGCAGGCGGCGUUGUUGAAGAAGAGCAGGGAGCAGGCUAUGAGGCAAAGAGAGGAGAAUAAGAAGAAUCGGGGGGAGUAUAAGGCCGCGGAUUGGACUCAGGUUCGCGAUGAUAAGGAUGAGGGGUCUGAAAGCGAGGAGGAGGAGGAGGAGGAGGGGGAUGGGGAGUUGGAUGGGGAGCAGGUGGAGGGGGAAACGGUGGCGAGUGAUGAGGAGGCCGAAGAGGAAGAAGAGGAGGAGGAGGAGCGAUACGAGUGCAUCAUCUGCAAGAAAGUGUUCCGCAGCCAGGGCCAGAUGGAUGCUCACGAGAAAAGCAAGAAACACGUCAAAGCGGUGCAGCAGCUAAAGCGGCAAAUGAUGAAGGAGAAUCAGGAGUUCGAUCUAGACAGAGACGUCAGGGGGAGGGCUUACAAACCUGAGGCUGAGUAUACGCUCAUGGAAGACGAGGAAGAGUUAUCGGCGGAGGAGAACCAUAUCUUGGAUGAUAGCCUGGAUACGAAGGAGCCCACACCUGCUCCUAAAGAGCAGGAAGUAAUAGAUACAGAGACUCCCGCCACACCAGCACCAGAACCAGAGCAAAAACCAGCAGAAGACUCAGACACGGAUGAAUACGUCUCAGCAGAGAAAUUCCAAGCGCGAAUACUCGGUGAGGAUGAGGGUCUGGACGGGAUAUCAAGCGGCCUCGCCUCCACGGCAAUCUCAGACCAUGAAGACUCCAAGCCCGCCACCAAAGUCGGUAAGGCGAAAGCUAAGCGAGCGAAACGUGCACAAAAGGCGGCGGUGGAGGAGGAACAGGCGCAGACCGAUUUCAACUGUUCAAGCUGUAGAGAGUCUUUUCCGUCGAAAACGAAGCUUUUCAAUCACCUCAAAGAGAACCCUGGUCAUGCUAAGCUAGUUCCUGUAAAAGGUGGUAGCAGUGGAGGGGGGAAGAAGAAAAAGGCGAAGCGGUAG